AUGUGUAACAAGCUUGCUAGUCGGCAUGUGAGAGUUGGACUUGCAGACCCUAAUAAACUUGCCCGUUGUGAUAUAUGUGAAAAUUCACCCGCUUUCUUCUACUGUGAGAUAGAUGGCACCUCACUUUGCCUGAGCUGUGAUAUGACUGUUCAUGUUGGUGGCAAACGAACCCAUGGAAGAUACCUGCUCCUAAGGCAAAGGGUUGAAUUUCCAGGAGAUAAACCAGGGCAUAUGGAUGACGUGCCUAUGGAAAUCAAAGAUCCUGAAAACCAGAGAGACCAGAAGAAGGCGCCCAAGGAGCAGAUGGCAAACCACCAUAACGGCGAUGAUCCAGCCUCUGAUGGCAAUUGCGAUGACCAGGACAACAUUGAUUCGAAAAUGAUCGAUCUUAAUAUGCGGCCAGUUCGUACUCAUGGGCAAGGAUCAAAUUCCCAGACUCACGGGGUAGAUCUUAGUGUGAACAACCAUGACUCUCCAGGGGUGGUGCCGACAAGCAAUUCCGAAAGAGACGCCAGCAACUAA